AUGGGUCUGAUCCCGAAGGACAUCAAAAAGGCGUUGUUUAACACCAACGAGCAAGGGAAACCCUCUGGAAAUGGACCUGCGGCUCCAGUCGACAGUGGUAGCCAGACGUCGUACGUACGGAACAGCCAAUCCCAAGGACCUGCUCAGAGUCCAGAACAGCCAGGAACGAUGCCUUCAAGGCCCUCUUCCACAAAGUAUCCAGGGCCACCUACAGACAACUCUGGAAAUUCUCGGCAGAGACAAGAUCCACGCGACCUGGCCUUGCUCCUACAUGAGAAAGAACAAGAGACCACCGUGCUUCGAAAUCAGUUGGCGCAGCUCCGGCGUGAAAACGAUGGGCUCGGUCAGGAGAUACGUUCACUUCAGGCAAAGUCAUUCAAGUCCUUCGGCGACUCACGCUGGGUCCCUCUGGACUCAAGUACCCUGAACGGAGCCCUUGAGUGGAUAAGAUCGGAUCUUACAGGACUGGUUAAGACUUAUGCGGCCGACGACCUGAGCAAGAUCGAGCGACUUCCUUCAGACGCAAAGAGUCUCCUCCAAGAGGACUUGUCCAAAGUGAUACGGUUCAACUCCGCCAGCCCUAAUGGUAUUCAGGAGCUUUGGAGCAUCACAAAUGCUUCACGGCUGUGCCUGACCGCGCUAUUAUCACGCGCGCUUCAUGGCAGGAUUCUAAGCGAUCCCUUCUUUUUCAUGGACGACACCUUGGACGAGGAGCUUGUUGAAGUACUGCGCCAGUAUCCAGACUUGAAACAGAGACAGAACCCCUGCGAAGUUCUAUACGGGAUAUUCAGAGCCGGCAAGAAGUAUGAUCAAGAAAAGGCACAGCAGUGGCGCUCCGACACAGUUCGCUUGAUGAAUCCGUACCAGACAUCUGACAAUGCCGACGGUAAUGCGCAGCUCAUUUACAUCAACGAAAAGAUAGAUGAUGUUUGUCGAAAAGUUCCCAAAGCAAUGGACCAGAGCUUGAUCGGCCUUUUCUUGCGACAGACGGAGGCUCCGGAACGCAAGAAAUUCAUGGAUGGGCUCGAACAGAUUUUCGUAGACACAGGCCGUCUCGCUGUGCAGAUUUGGGCGCAGCGGCCAUCGUUGGAGUGCCGCAGCUUGUCAAAGCUUGCAGAGGAGCGAUUCCAUGUCCGUUCGCCGCUCUUGGAGCCUCAUCCACUGCACAGGCGAGAUGAUCCAGAGGAUCCUCGUCUGAACGGCUGGUUGCCAAAGGUUGUGGUUCAUCCUGCGAUUGUGGCGAGGGGUACGCAUGAUGCGGACCACUACGAGCGUACGAAUGUGUUGUCGAAGGCUGUGGUAUGGCUUGAGCUGAAAGACGGACGAUCGUGA